GGGCCCCUGCCGGCCUCUUCCUCUUUUCUUCAGGUUGUAGCCCCUCCUCUUAAAGGGCCCUCAGGGCUUCAUGUGCUUGGCUGGUACUCUGAGGGUGUGGUGACUUUAACAGCGUCUGAUGUUGCUCCUCCUGCCCCUGCCCUCAGCAGGAACCAGAGCCCUGCCUGCUCUGAGACUCCAAGGCUCCAGAACCUAGCCAAAGCUGAAGGAGUUGAAGACCAGAGCCCAGACACUGAAUUGGGACUGUCCUCGCGACUGUGGUCCUCUAACCAGUACCUGUGAGCCACCAAGAGUGAGCAGAGACUAGCAGCAUUGCCAACAGCGAUUGGAGCAGUGACCACACUGGAGUUCCUCUGGCGAGGGGGAAGGGAGGAACGAGAAAAACAAAGGCCAGUGAUUGAGCAGGCGAGAGCGAGCGAGCGAGCGCACUCUUGUGGAUGUUCAUAGCACCCUCCCUGUGAUACCCACAAUGUGUCAGUCACAGAAGCCGCACCGACCAGAGCUCCAAGCAGCGGCGAAAUGGUUGUACUUCCCCCAGCUGGCCCUACGGCGGAGGCUAGGCCAGCUUAGCUGCAUGUCCAGACCUGCUCUGAAACUGCGCUCCUGGCCCCUGACCAUCCUGUACUACCUCCUGCCCUUCGGUGCCCUCAGGCCCCUCAGCCGGGUGGGAUGGAGGCCUGUGAGCAGGGUGGCCCUGUACAAGUCGGUGCCAACGCGUUUGCUAUCACGCGCCUGGGGUCGCCUGAACCAGGUGGAACUCCCUUACUGGCUGCGGAGGCCAGUCUACAGCCUGUAUAUCUGGACCUUUGGGGUAAACAUGACAGAGGCCGCUGUGGAGGACCUACACCACUACCGAAACCUCAGCGAGUUCUUCCGGCGCAAGCUGAAGCCUCAGGCACGGCCUGUCUGUGGCUUGCAUAGUGUGAUCAGCCCAUCAGACGGCAAGAUCCUCACCUUUGGGCAGGUGAAGAAUUGUGAGGUGGAGCAGGUAAAGGGCGUAACCUACUCUCUGGAGUCAUUCCUGGGCCCUCGAACCUAUACAGAGGACCUGCCCUUCCCUCCAGCCUCCUCCCGUGACUCCUUCAGGGACCAGCUGGUCACCCGGGAAGGGAACGAGCUCUACCACUGUGUCAUCUACCUGGCCCCCGGGGACUACCACUGCUUCCACUCCCCUGCUGACUGGACCGUCUCACGCCGCCGCCACUUCCCAGGUUCCUUGAUGUCAGUGAACCCUGGCAUGGCCCGAUGGAUCAAAGAGCUCUUUUGUCACAACGAGCGUGUGGUGCUGACUGGGGACUGGAAACAUGGGUUCUUUUCGUUGACGGCAGUGGGCGCCACCAACGUGGGCUCUAUCCGCAUCUACUUUGACCGAGACCUGCACACAAACAACCCUAGAUACAGCAAAGGUUCCUACAAUGACUUGAGCUUUGUAACACAUGCCAACAAGGAGGGUAUCCCCAUGCGCAAGGGCGAGCACCUGGGUGAAUUCAACUUGGGCUCCACUAUUGUGCUCAUCUUUGAGGCCCCUAAAGACUUCAACUUCAAGCUUAAGGCGGGGCAGAAGAUCCGCUUUGGGGAAGCUCUGGGCUCCCUCUAGUCGGCUUGGUUGAGGCUGCCGAGGGAUCUUUCCACACGGGAGCACGAGUCUUCAGAGACACCCCAGGCUGUCCUGGUGACAGGGACUGUGCCACUGACCCGGUAGGGCCUGAGUGAUUUGUUCCUGCUUGUCUGAGGGGCGAGAGGCUUUGGAUCUGCCAGGACCUGGUGGGUAUGAUCUGACCCUGUGUCUUCUGGCUGAGAAUUGUGAGAACGUCUAGCUGCUUUCCCCAGCUGUCUCGGGGUCUUGUCAGCCUUCUGUUCUUUCUGCCUUAGCGUCUCUUGUCUCCACUCAGUGUGCACAGGGCAGGGUGCUUCCUUGGCAUGGACAGUGAAUCCAUGCUCUUAGAGCAGGCCACAUGGCCUUCAGAACUGCUCUCUGUUCCCAAUUCACCCCUCCGCUUGCUGGAAAAGUAAAAUCAUUUCUGUUGAUGAAUGUGUUGACCUAGACUCUGCCAGUGUCUUCUGAGGACAGUGACUAAUGAUGGAGACCUCUGUAGGCUCUCAGGUCUGACCUUCCAAAGUUGGCUGACCAAUUACUGACUUGCCUGGUAGUGUCCAGAGUAAAAGGCCCAGCCCUGCAGGAAGUGUAGGGGACAUGCUGCUAUUGGUCUGGGGGCUGUGUUUGGAGGCAGAGGUUCAGGUUUUAGGCCAUAGGGACCCCCGCAAUAGGGACACAGCCAGCUUUCAUGUUGAUCUUGGGGAGCCAUGGAUUUCUCCUGCAGGAGAAAUCAUUGAACUUUGAUUUCAACUGUAUCAGUAGUACAGUAUUUUGUAUGAAAAGUAGGAGACUUCUGAACAGUAAUUCAUUUAAUUGCAAGACAUUUUGAAAUAAAACAAAA